AUGCUACCAACAGCCCCAGAGCCAUCGCAGACGACUGCGAAUGCUCCGGGCGACGUCUCUGAACCCAAGGAUGAUGCUCCGGCAGUUCGCUUUGCCUCUUCCAUAGAGGAAAUCUCGCCAUCCGCUGCAGCCCCCGCCACGAGCCAAGACCAACAAGACUAUAGCUUCUCCGAGGUUGCUGCUGACGAGCUUAAAUCAUUUACCAAAUCUCUGCAAGGUCGCCCUCUUCAAGAGAGGCGUAUGAAUACGUUCCAAUUCGAGGCCUUUUCUCUCCCCCCAUCCAGAGUUCCGUCCCGGGAAGACGAGUCGGCGGAUUCAACGAGACUCCCAACACCCAAUUCUUCCAGCUUCCAUUCGCCCCAUGGCAGCCCAAGGCUCUCUGCGUUGGCGUCCCCGCCUCUUACACCCGCCGGUUCGGGCCCGUCCAUAGUGUCUGAGAAGAGAAUUUCCAGAGGACCAUCCGACAAGGGUCCUAGCUCUGGCGACCCCCAGAUAAUCACUCCUCAGGCCUCGUCUUCGCACGAUAGGUCUCCUGUGGUUGAGGAGCGCAAGCAACUUACUCACCGACCUGCUUCUUCGGACAAUGUUAUGAGACGCUCCUCCUCUGUUGAGGACCACAGGUCUCAUAGAAGGGGCAUGUUUGGUGUCGGCGCUGGCUCCGUUCCCGUCUCUCGAGAGUCCAGCCCGUCGCGAAGCUCCGCGUCCAACUUCUAUUCAAAGCCUGUCACACCUGGCGGGGACGCAAAUGAUCCAUACGCCAAAGGAAAGCGACCUCCACAGCAAUCGCACCCUACACGACACACAAUUGACCCUCGCUUUGUCUUUUCCAGGAAGAAGAAGCAUGGAUCCCCAGGCAGCUCAAAGACGAGCCUAACUGAUAAGCGUGCUUCAGGCGUGUUUGGCAAAAGCGACGAACAUCUCACUGUCGAGGGUGCAGGAGCUGGUUCUGGCCACACUCCACAAGGGUCUAUGGCGGAUUUGAAGCGGUUUUUCAGAAUGUCUGGCCAUAACCAACAUCACCACCACAAGAAGAGGGAUCAAUCCCCUGCCUCAGGCACCAGAACACCUCCUACGUCUCGAUCUGCGAACCAGCAACUUCCCUUCAGUGACGACCACGGUCUAUCGUCAAGAUAUGGCAAGCUUGGCAAGGUUCUUGGCGCCGGUGCCGGAGGAUCAGUCAGAUUAAUGCGACGCAAGGAGGACAACACGGUUUUCGCAGUCAAAGAGUUCAGGGCCAGACAUAGCUACGAGACGGAGAAGGAAUAUAACAAAAAGGUCACUGCCGAAUUUUGCGUCGGUUCAACGCUCCAUCAUGGAAAUAUUAUUGAGACUCUGGACAUUCUCCAGGAGAAGGGCCGAUGGUUCGAAGUCAUGGAAUAUGCGCCAUUUGAUCUAUUUGCCAUUGUCAUGACGGGCAGAAUGAGUCGAGAGGAAAUCCGAUGUUGCUUCUUACAGAUUUUAAACGGUGUCACCUACCUGCACAGCGUGGGACUGGCACAUCGGGAUUUGAAGCUGGACAAUGUUGUCGUCAGUGAUAAGGGUAUCAUGAAGAUUAUUGAUUUUGGCAGUGCCCAUGUCUUCAAGUAUCCCUUUGAGAACGGCACUGUUUCUGCCAAAGGCAUUGUUGGCUCUGACCCAUAUCUGGCUCCAGAAGUUUAUGACGUGAAGGAGUAUGAUGCAGCGGCUGUAGACAUUUGGUCACUGGCCAUCAUUUUCUGUUGCAUGACUUUGCGGCGCUUCCCUUGGAAGAUUCCGAGAAUGACAGAUAACUCUUUCAAGCUUUUUGCAGCCGAUCCCACUCCCGGACACGACCCGACAAAACUCAUUACGCACUCUAAAUCAACUGGGAACUUGUCCAGCACAGUAGCUAGGGAGUUCUUGACGGACGAGGAUUUGAAAGAAAAAGGUCAUCGCAAUCACUCUCACCAUUCACACCACCAAGGUCAUGGCCACUCGCAUGGAAAGGAAAACGCAGAAGCUCCAUCUACGGCAGAAUCCCACAGCCAGCAGGCUCAGAACCAAGGCGCCGCAGGAGAACGCAAGGAAAUUAUACGCGGCCCUUGGAGAAUUCUCAGAUUGUUGCCGCGAGAAAGUCGCCACAUCGUUCAUCGUAUGCUCGACCUUGACCCCAAGACUCGUGCUAAGAUGGACGAAAUUUUGAGCGAGUCGUGGGUUGCAGAUACUGUUAUAUGCCAACAGCUGGAGAAUGGUGAAGUCAUCCCUGCCGAGGACCAUACGCACGUGCUCGAGCCGCCCGCCUCCCAGCAGCAGCAAUCUAAGACAUAA